AUGUCUUCCAUAGCUCUUCUCGCAUUUAUUUUAGCUACUACCUUAUGUGGAGGAUUAGUCAGAUUACUAGAGACUUACUAAGACUACACAGAAUCAAAUAAAAUGUCUAGCUUUCACCCUUUAAUGUAGCCUUUCAUAUUAUUUCUUAGCUCUAGUAUAUGUAUUACUGUGUAUAUUUUUAAGACUAAAAACCCUAAAUUUAUAGUAAGGAGAAAAAACUUUAAAUGGAGCUACUUGCUUGUUCCAGCACUGUUAUUUCUAAUUAAUGUAUUUCAAAACAUCAUAGCAAUAAGAUAUUUAUAUAAUGGCCUUUAUGCAAUUAUGAAGAGCAUAUCACUUAUAUCGAAUGUAGUCAUGGAAAAGUGCUUUUAUCCACAUAGAUCGUAUACGAAAAAUCAAUUUACAGGAUUAAUUUUAGUUGUAACGGGAUAAGCAGCUGUGGGAAUAUAUUGUUUAGUACUUACUUCUAAUAUGGAUAUUAUAGAUAUAAAUAACAGCGUUGAAAUAAAUAUUAUUCUAGGUAUUACUUUAUUAUUAAUUAGCAUAUUCCCUAUGGCAUUCUAUUAUUUACUUUAAGAGCGAUUUAUGAAAGCCUUUAAAAUAGACCCUUUUUAAUAUGUUGGAACAUAAGGAAUUGUAAACUCUCUCAUAACAUUAAUCCUAAUUCUCUGCUUUUAAUGGCUACCAUGCAGUAACAAGACUUGCUAAUUCUAAGUAGGCAAUGAUUUUUACUUAGAAAGAGUAGAUAUAUGGUGGGAGCAGCUAACUUCUAACUACUUUUUCUUGUAUACAACAUUAACUUUAUUUCUUUUUUUUGCUGUUUAAAUGUAUCUUGAGUUUUUCAUAAUGAAAACUUAUUCAGGUAUUGCUUGCAACAUCACAAGCACGCUCUAUUUAUUGAUUCCUUAUAUUUAUGUACUAAUAGUAGGAAAAUUCCCUUUUGACUUUGUUGUUGUUGGUGGUUUUCUAAUUAUAAUUACAGGAGUGCUUAUAUUUUACCAUAUCCCUAACUUUUCACAAAUAAACAAUCUUAAUUCCUACACUUCUUCAUCAGCCACUGUUCCAGAAUUUCAUACUGAGAUUUAAAGAUCUUCUUUAGAAGAUUAGCUGAAUCCUACAUCUUCGUAAGAACCUGGAUUCUACUUAGAAGAAAAUGUAAAAAAUGAGAGCUAAAAUUCUUCAUAAAAGCUAAGUAAGAAUAAAUAAAGUUUAGAUGUUUACUAAAAUAGUUUAAUGAAUUAAAAUAGAUAAUAUUAACAACAAAUGCUAGAUGAUUAAUACAUUCCUCCUAAUUAGCUCAAAUAUUUUAAUAGAAGUAAUAAAUAUGAUAUUAAUAUGUAAUUAUAAACAUAAUAACAAUAAUUAUUAUAUAUAUAAUAAAUAAACGAAACACAUAAAAAACAAAAAAAUCAAAAGCUAAUCACAGCUAUUAAUAAUGGCUGUGAUCAUAGCGAAAUAGUUUGCUUAAAUUGUAAUAAUUGUUAGAAGAUGAAAUUAUAUUAAUAAAAUUAAUAGAUUAAUUACUAUACAAAUCAAAAAAAUUAUGCUAACAGGUAAAUUAACCUAUUGACAUAAUAUAGUAACUAGCUUUAGAACUCUAAAGAAGAUUUGAAUGAUUAGUAAAAUGUCAUUACCUAAAAUGAUGGCAGACUAAGCAAUUCCUAGAAUCAAAAUAUUUAAAAAUCUUAAAAUUCUUAAAGUAACAACGAGGAUGAUGAUUCUUCUAUAUAUUACAAUAAUAAAUUCUUCAAAAACAAUAGGAGUAAAGCAAAUAGUAAAUCAAAUGCAACUCAAUUUAAUUAAAAUACUCAAAACUCUUUUAACGAAAAUAAUGAAAAUGAUUAUUUUAAUAACAUGUAAAUAAGCUAAAAUAUUGCAGUUUAUCAAUAGAAUGAAUAAGUAAAUAAUGAAUAAAAUGAAUAAAACAGUGUAAUAAGUAAUAACACAAGAAUUAAUAGAUGCAGUGGCAGCGGCUUAUGGAUAAAUUAAUCUAAUAAUAGAAAUAAAAGUAACUUAUAUGAUCAGAGCAUUCUACUGUUAAAUUCACAAAUAUCUGAAUAAAACUAGAGUAGUAUUAUAUAUAAAGAAACCACUCCUAGGUAGCAUUAAUAUGAUUAAAAGAUUAACAACAAGAACAAUAAUAAUUUAGAGGCAAAUUAAUAAUCAGAGGAGGAAAAUUAAGUUAACAACAGUCCAUACAUUUAAAGAGAUUUUGAAUUGCUUGUUGAUAAUAAUAAUAACUCAUAAAAUUGUUAAGGUAACUAGUAAAACUUUUAAGCUGCAGUAGAUCAGUAGUUAUAAUAGCAGUAACAUUAAUAAUUAUAAACAAGUAAGACAUCUUCAAAACAAUACGAAUAUUUAAGGAAAAAGAGCAAUCUAAGUAAUAAAAGUAUGUCUGGUAAGAAACAAAAAAAUGACAAAAAAAUUCUACUAUCUUAAAAUAAUUUUUAAGAAGAUUUCGUACUUCAUUAAAAUGACAUUUCAUUAGAGAAUUACGAUGAUAUUAUUUUAGAUUAAAGUAGCAGUUAAAAUGAUAAUUUAAAGAUAAACAAAUAUUAAAAUUCUAGCAUUCCAUCUCCUACUGUUUCACCUAUAAAUAUAAUUAAAAAAAAUAAGAAGAAAGAAAAUAGAAAGCUAUUAAUCCUAAACUUAUGA